AUGAAUGUGGGAAUCUUCAAUAGAGUCAACAGCAAAAUCAAAGAGGGUGACGGGAUGUACAGUGAGUGGAACUCACUGCCUCUGGAGGGUGGAGGACGGGGAGUGCUUGGAGCAGUCGGGGGACGAGAAGUGGUGCUGGCUGUAGUGAGACAACUUGCCUCACAUCAACCGAGCCCUCUCACUACUGAUGAGGAGGUGGAGUGGGUGUUGGAGGUGAUUCGUUUUGGUCUGUCGCUGCCGUUGUCUGAACACGAGGCUUUAAGGGACUGCGUCCGUGUCUGCUGCUCCUGGUUGUCAGCGUUACUCCCACCUGCGGCUCCCGCCCAGCCGCCCCCGCCUGCCGUGCCGCCCGCCCUGGCAGCGCAGCCACACCGCUACGCCAACAAGAUACUCAACCACCUGCACAACCUCUUCAUACCGCGACCCAAUGAGAGCGGUAACCUCAUCAGUAAGCAGGCCGUGUUGUGUCACCGCGUGCUCCGCCUGGCCAGGUCCCUAGCGGACAGCGCGUCCCUCGGUCCUCGUGAGUGGCGCUCCCUGCUCCUACUGCUGCUAGCUGCUGCCGCCGCGCUGCUCGCCCCGCCCGCACCUCUGUACGGUGCUGCUGAACAGCUGUGUGAACGAGUACUGUGUGUGCUGUUCGAGGUCUGGAUACUGGCCUGCCACAGAUGCUUCCCGUCCCCCAGCCUGUGGCGCACCCUCCGCGAGCAGUGUGUCCGCUGGAGACACCGCGCACCCCUCACGGAGCAGUGGGCGCGGGUGUCGCUGUGUCUGACGGCCAGGCUGCUGCAGCACAUGUACGGACCCAUGUACCCCGCCCUGCCCAUCAGCGAGGAGGACGCUCAGCUGGUGCCGGCGGACAUGAGCGCGGAGGCGGUGACGCAGGCCUGGUACCGCAUCCUGCACACCAUAGGGAACCCCGUGGACCUCACACGCCCCGCGCUCAUUAGCCAUACACCGGAGUUCCUACAGUACUGGAUGACCGUGGAGGAAGGUCAAGGUCAGGGUCGCGAGGUCGAGGGUCGCGACUCGUGGGUGGGGUCGCUGGCCCACAUCUUCCACCGAGCUAUGAUGGGGGUCGCGGCCCACGUGGACGCAUUCCUUGGGCGGAGCACGGAGCGCUGGGUGGUGGAGACGGCGGGGGCCGCGGGGGGAGGGGCAGGGGGGCCCGGCCUCCCCGACGAGGGGGACCUCACGCCGCCCGCACACCGCCGCCUGGCCAAGAGCUUCAGCACCAGCAGGCCGCGGGAGAAGCUGCCCGACAAAAGUACCCCUCGGUCGUCUCUCAUAGGUCUGUCGAGCGGUCGUCCGGCCAGCGUGGCUCCUACCACUCCACCCAAUUCUAUUACAUCACAAGUGUCGGAGUGUGAGAAGCCCCCGCCAUGCCCGCUCCGGCCGCAGGUCAACUCCAUCCUGCAUCUGUUCGGUGACUGGCUGCUGGACGCAGCGCUCGUCGGCAGCUACACGCACACGAACGAGAAAGUGGAGGGCACGCCGCCACCACCGUCACUGUCUGAAGCGGCUCAGAAGAUUAGCAUGAUCAACUAUCAAGCAGGUCGUUGUGUAGCGCUGGGCGCGCUGUGCCGCGUGCUGUGUUCCAAGCAGGGCCGGGAGGCGGUGCUAGCUCCGUACCUCGCCCGCGCCUACAGCGCCCUCCAGCGAGCGCUGAGGGACCCGCGAGCGGCUGCCGCCGUGGUGCUGCACGCUGCUGACAUCUUCCGCGUGGACCUGGAGGGCGUGCUAGUCCUGGUGCCGGACUUCCUCUCGGCCCUGGAGCGCGUGUUGUCUGAGCGCGAGCCUCGUCUGGACUGCGCGCACGUGGACCGCCGCGAGCUGCGCCGGGCCGCCGUCAGCCUGCUGCUGUCGCUGGUCGCCUUUCCCUACCACUACCGGGGCCUGCCUGUGCCGGAGUUCCCCGGACAAAAUGAAUACGCGGGCAUGUGUCUGGGCGAGUUCGCCCGCGGCCGCCUGUCGGUGGUGGCGGCCUGCGCCGUGCAGACGGAGCCCGAGGAGGCGCUCGCCGUGCCGCUGCUGGCCGCGCUCUACCUGUGUGUGAGGCACAACGCGUGCGCCGCCGACAAGAGAGGUGGGGGGGGGGAUACACGGGGACAGAAGAGUGGUAGAGCUCGCUCCGACAGCGCCGGGCCCAGCGUGUCGUCGGAUGACUUCGCGGCCGACGUUAGGGAGCUAGACCCGUCCUCGCCCAGCUUCGGGUCGUCGCUGGUGGUCCGCGCCACAUACCUGGUGUGUCACCGCCUCAUCUCCUCGUGGAAGGGUGACCUACAAGUGUCUCUUGCGGCCCUGGAGCUACUGUCCGGACUCGCCAAGCUACACGCCUCUAAACCCGCAGAGGCGAUGGAGCGUUCCCGUGCGGUGAGGUGGAUGUGUGACUACAUCGUGGCCCAGUGCGCGCGGCCGCCGCCGGGCCACUCGCGGGACGUCCACUCGUGCGUGGUGGGCGCGUACGGCGCGCUGGCCGCGUGGCUGUGCCCGCCGCUCCUGGCAGACGGACAGUGCCUGGCUGCCCUGCUGGAGGUGGUGGAGCUCGGCAUCUCGGGCUGCAGGAGCCGCGGCGACCGGCCCGCCAUGAAGGACGACAAGGAGCUUAAACCUGUGUCCAUGAGGGUGCGGGAUGCCGCGGAGGCGCUGCUCAUGCUGAUACUGGAGCAGGUGGGUGAGAGCACGUCUGAGGGUCGCUGGUGUCGGCUGGACGAGCGCUGGCUGCAGGUGCUGGGUCACGCUCCCCUCCGUCACUUCUCUCUGGACGGACACAUCCUGUUGUCUCUGUUGGAGGAGCCGCUGGCCAACAGUCAGGAGCCGCAGCCCACCGUGGUCGUAAUAAUCCGUUCGUCGUGGGGUCGCUGGUCGUGGUCGCUGUGUUCCCGCGGCGCUCCUCGCUGCGCCACGCUGGGCGGCUCCUCGUGUCCCCGCCCCGUGGCCAUGUUGGAGCCCCCCGCCCGCCCGCCCGCCACCUGCCGCGCCCUGCCCGCCGCUCCGCCCUGUGCACUUGACUCAUCGUUCCCGUCCCUGGAGGCUGUUCUCCGUCGCCUGAGUGACCCGGGCGCCGCCACGCUGUUCAAGCUGCUGGAGCAGCAGGCCGCCAUCGAGAAGAAAGUCAGAGAUAAUGAGGACAAGGCGUUGCCAGAGGAGUACGUUCCCCCGGAGCCGGUGACCGAGUUCCAGACGGCGAGGCUGUUCCUGGCACACUUUGGACUACUGAAUAUAGGAGGAGAGAAGAAGGGUGCUCCUCCCCGCCUUGUGUCUCUAAGCGGGGGCGAAGCCCUACAAGCGGCGUUACGUCGCCUAGACGCCACAGGAGCCCGAGCGGCCCUCACCGCGCACGUGUUCUACGCGCGCCGCGGACAGACGCGCGCCGAACAGAUAGUGGCCAACGCCGCGCGCUCACACGGACUGUCACCGGCGUACAUUAGGAUGUUACGAGGACUCGGAUCGCCGGUGUUCGUGUCGACUCACGCCGGGUGGAGCGGCCACGUCCGCACCAGCUACGACGCCGCGUCCCCCGCCGCGCCCCGCACGCCCCGCGACACACACACACCACACGACGAACAGAGCUUCACGCCCAGCCUGUACGACGGACGGGAGCAGGUGCUGUACUGGGCGGACGCCACGGACGAGAUCGCGUUCGUAGUGCCGUCCGGACGAGCUGAUGAUGAACACGUGGACGGACCGUGUCUCUCUACCAAUCGCUCAGAUAGUACAGACAAGUCCGGUGGAUCCUGGUGGGACGUGUCGGGAGGCGUGGUCGGGGGCGUGACCUACGAACGUAGUGUGAGCGAGAGCGAGCGAGGAGAGAAACGUACAUUAGACAACGCUAGAGCACUGUCGCUCGAUUUGGACAAACCGCAGCAGACACAGCCCGGACAUGGUACGGGCAGCGGCAGGAGGAACAGAGACUUCGCUCCAAAGAUACUGAUCAUCUGGCUCGAAGACUUUGAGGACCACCUCAACAUGCCCAUCGACGACCUCAUCUCCUACUGUGAGACGGGCGUCCCGUGUCGCCGCUCGGACACGGCCGUGUUGUGUGUGAGCGCCGUGAGGAGCGGCCUGGUGCGGGUGGGGGUGACCGGGGGUGCGGGCGGCGCGGCGGGGGGCGCGGGGGUGCUCGCGGACGGCUCGCUGGUGGCGCCUCGCCUGCUGCCCGACUGUCUGCGGAGGGCUGCCUGCUUCCUGGCGCGGCGGGCGAGGCUCAACACGGACCUGUACCAGCCUCCUCCGGUCCGUCGUCGUCAGCUGAUCCAAGAGAUCUCCCACCAGUUCAAGCGUGACCUGUCGGAGCCCGAGCUAUUGGAGUCCCUGUUCAAGGCGCCCUAG